AUGCUCUCGAGGGCAGCCCUGCGCCUGGCCCAGCCAGCUGCUGUCUCGGCAUGGGCCUCGUCCUCCUCCUCCCCCUCUGUCCGACGAGCCCUUCCGGCGCUGGCAGCAGCUCCGACGAUAUGGGCUAGGGGCCUGGCAGAUAGCAAGCGACCACCACCUCCCUCAAGAUUCAGCUCGCCAUCGAGCACCACUCCGCGACCAUCGUCCACUCCUCCCCAACAGCAAACUCAGCGAGAUGGCAGUGCCAAUGCCAGCGUGAAUACCGAUGGAAAGGGAGCUCCAAAAGAACCACCAAAGGCAGGAUCUACGGAAUCCAAUCAUCAGAAGACAGAGCCAGCCGACGGGUCGACCCAGACACCCGAGCAGCAGAUACCGCUGUCCGAACUUCCUGACCUCACCCAAGGCAUACCUUCCACGCUCGAGUACGAGAUGGGCGAUGCGGCUCGCAAAUCAGAGCUGGAACCUGUCGAGGAGGAGGCUGCAGCAGGCGCCGGUGGACGUGGUAAGGGAGAGCUGCCGGCGUCGGCAUACGUCUCCUCCACCGAGCGGAGACGUCAGAAGCUGGCUAACUGGAUGUUUGGUGCUACACUGGUCGGUAUGGCCGGUGGUGUCAUCUUCCUGGGCCGUAAUUGGGAAGAAGAAGAUCUGAGGAGGCAUCAAGACGUGCCCAAUGGCUGGGGCCUGUCCUUGUGGUGGAACCGUGCAUCCACACGCAUGAAGGAGGUCCUGAUAUACUACCAUGAGCCCGCUUUCGAGAAGCUACUCCCCGAUCCCGAUCCCAUGUUCGAGCGCCCCUAUACACUCGUCAUCAGUCUUGAGGACAUGCUCGUGCACAGCGAGUGGACACGAGAGCACGGCUGGCGGCUUGCAAAGAGGCCUGGUGUCGACUACUUCCUGCACUAUUUGAGCCAGUACUACGAGAUUGUCCUGUUCACCACUGUGCCUUUUGGUAUCGCAGAGCCGUUACUGCGAAAGCUGGACCCAUACCACUUUAUCGUAUGGCCGUUGUUCCGGGAGGCUACCAAGUACAAGGACGGCGAGAUCAUCAAGGAUCUUUCCUACCUGAACCGAGACCUGUCCAAGGUUAUCGUCAUCGACACCCAUGCCGAGCACGUCCGAGCCCAGCCUGAGAAUGCCAUCAUCCUGCCUAAGUGGACCGGCGAGCCUAAAGACAGGGAACUGGUCGGACUGAUCCCCUUCCUUGAAUACAUCCACACUAUGCAGUAUGGAGAUGUGCGCAAGGUCCUCAAGUCGUUCGACGGCAAACACAUCCCUACAGAAUUUGCUCGACGCGAGGCGAUUGCGCGAGCCGAGUUCAACAAGCAGCUCGAGGCGGAGCGGCGCAAGCACCCUCACAAGGGCAAGAGUGGCAUGGCCGCUCUUGGCUCGCUACUUGGUCUCAAGCCCCAGAAUAUGAGCGUCAUGGUUGUUCCCGACGGCGAGAUCAACCCGGCCGAUGCAUUCGCACAGGGCAAGAUGAUCCAGGAUAUCGCUCGUGAGCGCGGCCAGCGGCAAUACGAGGAAAUCGAAAAGAUGAUCCGCGAGAACGGCGAGAAGUGGCUCAAGGAGGAAGCUGCUGUGCAGGAGCAGAUGCAGAAGGAGGCCAUGAAUAGUAUGAAGAGCUCCUUCACCUCAUGGUUCUUGCCGACAGGCGCAGCAGAAGCCGGGCAGGGCGAGGGCCAGAAGAAGGCCUAG